AUGAACGCUAACAUACAAAAAAUCGUCGUGUACGCUAUCCGUGGAUUGCAAUUAUUGUUCAGUAUCUUGGUCCUUGGUUUGUCUGCUGGAUUUCUUAGCGACAUCGAAUCUAAUUUUGGUAGAGUCUCGUAUAACUUGGUUGUUUCACUAUUCACUAUUGUCUAUAUUGUUUUCCUCGGAGUUUUGCUGGUCACGCUACAAAACACAACUUUGCCAAUUAUUAUCCUCGUAAUCGAGAGUUUAUUGACUUUAUUUUGGUUGAUUGCCUUUGCAUUGACUGCAGACACAUUUGGACUGAUAGACUGCUUUUUUUUAUCUGACUGGUGUAAAAUUGGUAAAGCACUUAUCCCUUUCGGAUUGUUCAAUUGGUUGCUAUUUGCGGCCAGCUUAAUAUUGUUCGUGAUUUACACCUCUGUUCCUUUGGGAAAAGCUCAUGGGAUUUCUGGUUCGUUGACAAAACCAACAACGUUCAGCUUUGGUGCCAUUUUCUCCAAUAAUAUUCCAGCUCCCGAGAGUAAAGAAGAUCCAAUAGCGGAAGAAAAUAUUGGCGUAAGCAUCUAUACCGAGGAACAAAGAGAGUCCUCGUUAGAGAAAGAUGAGUAUCCAUCAGCUGACCUUGGUGAUGAAGGUACUACCUUAAAAGACUGA